CCACUUCACACCUCGCGGUCGGGAUAAAGCGGUCGCCCGCCGCCAGUCCCCAGACACGCCGCCGCUGCCAUGGCCCAGUCCCUCUGCCCGCCGCUCUCAGAGUCCUGGGUCCUCUCCGCGGGCUGGGGCCCAGCUCGGCCGCCGCCGACCGCCGACAGGGACUGCGGUUGCUCCCCUGCCUCGUCCCCGGACUCCUGGUGCAGCGCCCCGGCCAGCAGUCCUGUGCCCAGUCCCGGGAGGCCCUUCGCCCGCGAGGCCCUCCGCGCCCAGCCUGCGGGGAGGCGCGGCGCGCGGGGCGGUCGCCUGGGCAGCGGGCAGCGGCAGAGCGCCAGCGAACGCGAGAAGCUGCGCAUGCGCACGCUCGCCCGCGCGCUGCACCAGCUGCGCCGCUUUCUGCCGCCCUCCGUGGCGCCCGCCGGACAGAGCCUGACCAAGAUCGAGACGCUGCGCCUGGCCAUCCGCUACAUCGGCCACCUGUCGGCCGUGCUGGGCCUCAGCGAGGAGAGCCUGCAGCGCGAGCGCCGGCGACGCGGCGACGUGGUGCUGCCCCGGGGCUGCCCGCGGUGCCCCGACGGCGGCCCCGCGCAGGCGCAGACGCAGACGCAAGCCGGCGGCCUGGGCCGCAGCUCAGCCGCCGGUGCUCCGACGUCUUGGGGGUCUCCGCCUGACUGCCCGGGAGCCCUUGCUACGUGCGACCCGCCGCAGCUCUACGACGAAGCUGCGUGCCCGGAAGGGCCGGCGAUGGAGCCAGACCCCUCCUCUCCGCUCCUUCCCGGCGACGUACUGGCCCUGCUGGAGACCUGGAUGCCCCUCUCGCCACUGGAGUGGCCGCCGGCCUGAGCAGUUGACGUGACGGUGGAAUAUUGGCCCCCUGUUCCAUUAGCACCGACGCCUUUUUGGCCUCCGCGCCUUCGAAGCCGUCCCUUUCUAGACUCCCUUUCCUGGAAGAGGGCAAGGGCAUUGCUGAAAGUAAGGGCCUGACCCCAUCUAGGACGGACUCCCCCACUCCUCCCAGAAUGGAGGGCCCCAGAGGGUAAACACUUUGAGGCAAGCAGGAGGCUCUGCCUAGUAUGUAUUUAUUUAUUUGUGAAUAAACUUUGUGCUGGUGUCA